GUUGCUGUGUCAUGGCCCCAGGCAGGGAAGAGAGGAGUCUCUUUGGCCUGAGGGAGGAAAGGGAGGCUGAAGGGCCACCGCCACCAUCUCAUUUCCCCUUCCUCUAGUUAUGGGGAGGUAGCUUUAAAGGCGGCAGGAGUCUUGGGGCUCCCCUCUGAGGCCACGCAGCACUCCUGCAGCUGCACGUGAGGCGGGAGGGAAAGGAAGCAACACCCAAACACAGGCUGCACGCAACGCUCCUCCAUGCAGAUGUCUGAAAGAGGCCAUCACACUGGGCUGGGAAUCCUGGCUCUGCAUUAGAAAUUCCUGUCUGGUGUUAACAGCUUUUGGAGAGGAUGGCUUAUAAACAGGGAAUGCAGUCAGUGGCCCAGGGAGCAGCACUGAUCCAGGGACUACCACUUUGAGUAGCACUGAUCUAGAGGUUUCACAUCUCUGCUAAAUGGAGGCAAACAACCAUUUUAACUUCACUGGCCUUCCCUCUUCACCUGCUGCCUCAGGAUUGAAACCUGCGCCUUCCUCAGGGGACGUCUACACAAAUGGAUCUUCUGUGAACUUCCCCCAGCAAGGGAAAAGUUUGAAUGGAGAUGUGAAUGUUAAUGGCUUAACUACUGUAUCUCAUGCUGGUACUUCAGGGACCCGUUCCUCAACCAACUCCCAUCUCCACCAUUCCUAUGACUAUCUCUGGAACUACUCUCAGUAUCCAUCUGGCAAUGGCAACAACCUCAAGGACAGUCCACUGUUCUCCCAGUAUCCACUGAAUGGUACUGUUGUGGGCAACCGACAAGGCUCACCAGGGCAUAGCACCACUCUGAGGGGAGGCAGUGGGCAAGAGUUCUGGGCCAAUGGUAACCCCGGGGCCAUGGGACUGAACUUUGACUCCACAGAGCUUUAUGACUCAUUCCCCGAUGAUCAGAACUUUGAACUCUUGCAAAAUGGUCCCUCCAGCUUCUAUACAUCAUCUCAGCCUUCCCCCAUGCUUGGAUCAGGAAGCCAGGAUUUCUCUGCUCAGCAAGAUGGACCAGGCAAUGAAGAGAGUGUGAAAGAAACUUCAUCUACAGUCUCAGAAAAUGGUACCAGACUGUUAGGUAGCAUGGAGCUGGAAAACACUCAGCCAGUUGGUGAACUGCUGAGCCAGGAAGCAUCUGUCUUGGAACCUGAUGCUGGAAGUGGUUGUCGUCUGGAAGAUGCCUCUCGGAUCCCUCCUCCUCUAGAAGAUUCCUUGGAGCCUUUUGAGUCAUUAGACAGAGACCCGGGGACAGGAGAUCUCUAUGAGAUGGAUACUUCAGAGCUGGUGAGCGGCAAAUCCCCUCUGGAGGAUGCUCCUGAUAUCUCUGCCCUAGAUUGUCCUGGUAGUCCUUCUCUCAACCACUCUGGCUCCUUCAGCCUUUUGACGGAUGACACUCAGCCUGACACCUCACUUUUUGGAAGUGCCAAUUUGCCACCUGUUCUUGGAGAAUCUGUUUUGCAAGACAGCAGCUUGGAGCUGGCAAGUGUAAGUGAAGUGGGGCGAGAGGGUGCAGAAUUUCUAGAUUCACAAGUAUCUGUUGAACCAGAAGCUGUAGAUGCCUCCUUGGAAGAAAUAGCUAAGAGUAGCUGCCGAGAAGACCCUACAUCCAUGACAGACAAAAAUAACAAAGAGACAUCAGCUAAGAGUGAUGUUCCAAGAAGGCGGAUAGCCACAGUGGAAGAGGUUUUCUACCCUUUAAAGCAUGGGUGGCGAAGGGAGGUGCGCAUCAAAAAGGGCAGCAGCCGCUGGCAAGGGGAGACCUGGUACUAUGCUCCUUGUGGCAAGAGGAUGAAGCAGUUUCCAGAGGUGAUAAAGUACCUAACCCGAAAUGUUGUGCAGAAUGUCCGCCGUGAACACUUCAGCUUCAGUCCCCGAAUGCCAGUAGGAGAUUUCUUUGAGGAACAGGACACACCUGAGGGUCUGCAAUGGGUAAAGCUGGUAUCUGAAGAAAUUCCUUCACGUAUCCAGGCCAUCACAGGCAAGCGUGGUCGACCCCGAAAUAUUGAGAAAGCCAAGGCUAAGGAAAUGCCCAAAGUAAAACGUGGCCGGGGCCGACCUCCAAAAGUGAAAGUGUCUGACCUUUUGAGCAAGACAGAUGCCCGGAUUCUAAAGAAACUGGAAGCUCAAGAGGUGCUCAGUGAUGAAGACAAGCUGAAGAUGAGCAAGAUCAAGAAGAAAAUGAGGCAAAAGGUCCAAAAUAAGCAAAAACAGGAGGCCAAGGCACCAAAGCCCAAGGAGGUCAAGUCUAAGGAAGUCAAGACUAAGGAAGUCAAAAAGAAGCCUAAGCUCCAGAUAAAGAAGGAGAAGAGCAAACCAGAGAAGAAUAAGCCAGAGAAAAUGAAAGAGAAGGUAAAGCCAAAAGAAAAGAUGAAGCCCAAGGAAAAGAAGAUGGUGACCCCUGCAAAGGUUCUCCGGAAAGCAGAUAAGAACCUUGUUACUCAGCGGCAGCAGGAAGAACGACAGCGGCAACAAAUGAUCCUGGAAGAAAUGAAGAAGCCCACUGAGGACAUGUGUCUGGGGGACCACCAGCCUCUGCCAGAGUUUUCUCGCAUUCCUGGAUUGAUUUUGCCCAGCCAUGCUUUCUCUGACUGCUUAGCUAUUGUGGAGUUCCUGCACAAUUAUGGCAAAGUGCUGGGUUUUGAUGUAGCCAAAGAAAUUCCCAGCCUGAGUACCCUGCAAGAGGGCCUCUUUAAUGUAGGAGACAGCUUGGGUGAAGUAUUGGACCUCCUGGUAAAGCUGGUGAAGGCUGUAUUGUAUGACCCUGGCCUCCCACCCUACUGUCAGUCACUGAAGAUUCUUGGGGAGAAACUCUCUGAGAUAAGUCUGAACCGUGACACUGUCUCUGAGAUCCUUCGGUGCUUCCUCAUAGCCUAUGGGGCUGAUGAUAACCUGUGUGACAGCUUGCGCACUAAACCCUUCCAAGCACUACCCCCGGACAGGAAAGCAGCUGUCCUGGCCUUUUUAGUCAAUGAACUCAACAGCAGUGCUCUUAUCAUCAAUGAAAUUGACAAGACUCUAGAAAACAUGUCCAACCAUAGGAGAAAUAAAUGGAUCAUUGAGGGAAAGUUGCGCAGAUUAAAGAUUGCCCUUGCCAAAAAGACUGGCCGCCCUGAAUCUGAAAUCUCUGGUUUGGAAGAACGGCAGUGGCGAAGGAGCUCACGCAUCACUGAGGACCAUGAGGAUAUGAACUUGGAUGAAGAAGAAAGAAGGAGAGCAUGCAAGGCCCGGAAAGACUAUGAGAAUGAAAUUCCUGUUUCCAGUGUGCCUGAGCUGGAGAGGCAGAUUGAAAAGAUUUCCAAGCGCCAGAUGUUCUUUCGCAAGAAGUUGCUCCAUGCCUCACAGUUGUUACGGGCUUCAUCACUGGGGCAGGAUCGAUAUCGGCGCCGGUAUUGGAUCCUGCCCCAUCUAGGUGGGAUCUUUGUAGAAGGUUGUGAGGCCUCAACAGCUCCUCCUGAGAUGUCCAAGAACACACUGGAAAAAGAAGUGGUCCUGAAAGAGGAAGAGUGUGAGAGGUCCCCAGUGAAAAAGGAGACUACUGACACACCACCAAUUACAGAUUACAUGAACUGCACAACCUCUCAUUCAUGGAGCCGGCCGUGGCGGGAUGAUGUCGGACUGCUGCCAUCAGAGCCACUGGAUCCCAAAUUGCCAGAACCUGUCAAUGGGUUUUUGGAGGAUUCUAUGUCCCUGGGCCAGUCUCAGCAUGACCUUACCCAGUCAGCCUUCCUGUCUUGGCUCAGCCAGACACAGCAGGCAUCCUCACUGCUUGACAGCUCUGUACUCACUCCAGAUAGCAGCCCUGGCAAAGCGGACUCAGUACCCCCAGAUGAGCCAGACUCUGCUGCAGAGGAUGAAAGUGCCACAGAAACACAGGUUAUCUGGUUCAAUCUGCUGCCCAGAGCACCUUGUAAUGACUCUCCACACACUACCUCCAUUGACCAGCCCCCUCUCAAGGCUUCCCCUCAACUCUGCAAACCAUCUACCAGGGACCAAUCAAAGGCCUCAGCCCGGCAGCUGAAUGGCCUAUCCACCGCCAGCCCAGCAUUGCCAUCACUGGCCUCCACUCCUCUCCAUUUCAGCUCCAGGGUUCCCAAUAAGGCCCAAGAGACUCUAGGGCAGCCAAGACGACGAGGGCGCCCCCCUACUAAACUCUUCAAGCAAAUUGAACAGAAAUAUCUGACACAGAUGACAGCACAGCCCAUACCUCCAGAGAUGCAAAACGGCUGGUGGUGGUUACAGGAUCCAGAAGAGCUGGAAGCUUUGGUACAAGUACUGCAUCCACGAGGGAUCCGUGAAAAAGCUUUGCAUAAGCACCUUAUCAAGCACAAGGAUUACUUACGGGAGGUGUGUGCCCGAGCUGCCAAUGACCCCAUUUUCCAGACUCAUCCCGAGGGUACCAACCACCCUGUCUCUCAGGAAGCCUUGGCCCGGUGGUCAAUGACUGAGCGGGCCUUUGAGAUAGACCUAUCUGUUCUUCGGUGGGUGGAAGAGCUGGAGCAGCGGGUUCUCAUGGCAGACUUGCAGAUCCGUGGCUGGACAAGUCCAGAUCCUGAUUCUGUUCGAAAUGACUUGCAGUAUUGUGAACAUGAACUGAAACUUCUGGAAGACAUAACCAUGAAAAACAGACGUGAAGGGCCAGCAUUGCAGCGUGAAGCCACUCACCCUUUAGACCUAGCAGUGCUUCGCCUAGCAGACCUAGAGCAGAACCUUGAGCGAAGAUACCUCAGAGAACCCUUGUGGCCCCCACAUGAAGUGGUGGUAGAAAAGGCUUUGCUGAGUAGCUCCAGUACCCUGGAGUUGGGCACCCCAGAAAUUGCAUACGAGAUCACGCCCCGGAUGCGGAUAUGGCGUCAGACUUUGGAAAGGUGCCACAGUGCUGCCCAAGUUGCUCUGUGUAUCUACCAGCUGGAACGCUCUAUUGCCUGGGAGAAAUCAGUUGUCCGAGCGACUUGCCUAGUGUGCCGAAAAGGGGACGAUGAUGAGAACCUGCUGCUAUGUGAUAGCUGCGAUCGUGGCUGCCACCUCUACUGCCACCGGCCCAAGAUGACCGAGGUGCCAGUUGGUGACUGGUUCUGCUCCCUCUGCAUCACUCAGAUGCAAGGGGAAUACCAGGAUGAUUACGGUUCUCCACGGCGUGGCAAGAAACGGAAAGCUGGUGGUUCUGGGGCUUUUCUGGGGCAAGAUGAGUCCAGCCCUCGCUCGCGGACAGCAGGAUCCCAGCAGCGUAGUAACCUGGCAAAUAUACCACCCCGAUAUUCAGGCGAAGGCCUGUCUCCCUCCAAACGAAGACGAGUGUCAGCACGAGGCCAGAGUGCUGACCUCACUUUCUGCGAGAUCAUCUUGAUGGAGAUGGAAUCGCAUGAAGCUGCCUGGCCUUUCUUGGAGCCAGUUAACCCCCGGCUUGUCCCUGGCUACCGGAAAAUCAUCAAAAAUCCCAUGGACUUUGCCACCAUGAGGGCACGGCUGCUGCGUGGCGGGUACACAAGUUGUGAGGAGUUUGCUGCUGAUGCUGCCCUGGUAUUUGACAACUGCAGGACCUUUAAUGAGGAUGAGUCAGAGGUGGGCCAAGCUGGGCUGACCAUGCGGCAGUUCUUUGAGAGCCGGUGGGAAGAAUUUUAUCAGGGAAAACAGGAGACAGACCCAUGAAGCUGGCAGAAUGGGAAGAAAUGAGAGAAGCCAAAUGGGACGCCCCUCCCCCUUUGGCCUGUGCUGCAUACUGUCUCUUUGGAGCUCAUCUUGCUACCUGCUGAUUAUUCCCCCCUCACAAUGACUGGACCUGGACUGACAUUUAACAACGGGGCGGCCCUACUGCCUGGAUCCUCAGAAGCCCUCUCCCCACCACCUCUUUGCUCCAAGCAACACAAGCUCUCUGACUGUGUAAGCCAAAUAAUAAUAAAAAAGUUUCCUUUUUUCAAAUGGAAAAGCAACCACCCACAACCCCACCUUAGCUGGGGCUAUUUAAUAAUAGCAAUAGUUCUUAGUGAAUGUGUAAGAACACUUUUUCUGUGCAGUGUCAGUUCCAUGCAUUAAUGGCCAGUAAUGUGGACGUUAAGUUUUCCUCCUUUUUAGAAUCACUUUGAAAUGUAUAAAAGCAGAUCACUCCUGCCUCGGGGAAUGACAGCUCUGAUGACACUGAAACAUGCUGCUUCACUUUCCCACCUUUUAGCCCUCCCAACUCUGUUUUAGCCCUGCUUUUCCCCUUCUGAGCAGUCCACCUGUAGCUGUGUCCAUUUCCUUCCUUCAAGUAAUAAUUUCCUUUCUGAAAUCUGGAGUGUGGCUUAUAGUUGAUGUGUGUUUAGGGAAGGAAGGAAGGAGCAGGACGCUGAGGAUAUCUAUUUCCAUUCCCAAGGGGUGCAACUACUCAUCAGUUUCAUCCCUUCCAGCCGCUCUUCCUUUGUUUAGCCAAGAGGUACUACUUUAUUGAAAAGCUAGCCCUUGUACAGAAAGGAGGUGGAGCAGGGGUGCUGGUGGUUAGAUUCCUAGAAUUGGUUCAUCUAAAUCAGCAUCCCCUUUUGCACACACAUGCUCAGAGCUGGUUUAUUUUGCAUUUUGUUUCUAAGGGAGUUGAACAAAAUGGAAAUAAUCCAGAAGUCCACCAAGGAAACCAAAUCAUAUUUUUCUCUAGGCAUGCAAACCACAGAACCAGCCUGCUCUCUCUCUUCUACUUUGCCUUCAUAAGGAACACUUCAGGAGGGUAGCUGGUGAAGAUAUUGUGAUACUGUAGAGCAGACUCUUCUCUACUGUAACAAAAUAGGUCAUUUUUCUUCUGAUUGUGGGUAACAUGCUGGAAUGUAUCACUUAGCUACAAGGGACCAAAGUACAGGAGCUUGCAGGAGUGGGAAUUAGGAGGAAGGGAAGAGAUUUUUGGAUGCCCUCUUCCAGCUCUUCAAGAUUAAUUUUAUGAGACUCUGGCCUUAUUGAGUGUUCCCCCUGAUCCACUAAACCCUGCCCUAGUGUUAUUCCUCAGGGAUGGCAACUGUCUACAAAGCUUGAUCUGCUGUCUGUGUGUAUGUGUGGCAGGACUUUUUAUUUCCUGCUUUAGAACGUGACUCUCAAUGUUCGUAAAUAUUUCCUCCCUGAGCAAGAGGUGGGAUUAAUCCUGUUAGGAAAAAAAGGUACAGCCCUUGCAUCUUUUCAAUUAGGACUAGGCAAAGUGUGGCUGUCUAAGUACUUUUGAACUAAAACUCCCAACAUGCCUUGCCAUUUGUUGUGCUGGAUACGGAUGCUGGGAAUUUCAGUCCAGCAACAUAUGGAGGACUGUACUAGGCCCAACUCUUCUUUAAUGCCUAUCUGAACCUCAAAUUUGAUAAAUGGUGGAGAAUUGGCACUGUUUCUUUCUCCUUCAUGUUGGGCACCUGUUUCCUGAACCAUGUUUCAAUGUAAAGGUGGGCAAGGUGCAGCCCAGAGGCUGCAUGCUUUCCUGAAAUCUGUGUUCGAAGUUCCCAAGCGCCCUGCAAACUCCUGCCCACCUGGGAUUUGUUUAAAAUAAAUAUUUGAAAAUGACACCUCCCAUUAUCCUUUUUUGCCAUGUUUGUAUCCUACCCCAGCUGUUUUAGGCACAGGGGAGGUGUUGGGUUUUUUUGUUUUGUUUUUUUGAAAAAUUAAAAAGAGAGGAAGUUGAUUUCCCUGAUUUUAAGAGGCCCUCCCCUGGAUCUCAUGCAGCCAGAUAGCAGGAGAGAGAACAUGGUAGAACUGUCCCGUCCCCCUAGAGGUUGUGAGAAACAUUUUUUAACGGGUGUUGGUGCAGAAAGUGUGGUAGUGCAGUCUCCUGGCAAUGGGAUACCCUGCUCUGGUAUUUGUGGCCUAAAGUGCACUGCCUUGGGUUUAUCCUGACUGGUAUUCAUGUCAAAGUGCAACUUUGGGCAGUACACAUGAGAAUGCAAAGGUAGUGAUUUGUGUAUUUCCCUUUUGAUGAAGAGUGUGUUAUCAUGGAUAUGUGCAGGUUCUCACUUCUUUGCAUCUCCAGGUGACUUUCACAGACAUAUUUCAUUUUUAACAUAUUAGCUUUUUUCUUACUCUCUUUUUAGUCUACUAAAUAUUUUCAGAGGGGGAAGCAAAACCUUGAUUUGUUCUGCCUAUGUUAAUUUUUCCACGUAAGGAAGGGCACCUGUUGCACCGACCUGUCAUGUUCUCCAGCUAGAGCUGUUCAAACCAGAAUUUAUUGCAAAGCUGCAAGAAUGUACCUGUAUUUGUAGCAGGCUUUAGCCCAGCCACCAUUCAGAUGUGAUGUGGGAUACACCAGUUUCAAGGUGUGAUUGGUCAGCGUGCACAAUCCACUGGGAAUGCUCUCUGCAUACACUCCCCACCCCAUCACACAGCUAUCAUAGUUUGUACUUGGAGUUCUGGUGCUAGAUACAUGCAAAUGACUUGAGGCACUCAACAAACAAAUACAUGCCAGAGUCAAACAGUUGUGAGGGAAGUCAGACAGCCUCCCGUUCAGUCACUCCCUACCUCCCUCAUAUGUGUCUUAUUAAAGCAAGAACAUGGUAGAGAUCAUUGGAAAAGAAUUCUUAAAUCAUCAUCAUCAUCAUCGGGUGGUCCUGUUUUUAAAAGAAAUAGGCAAAGUAUAAAACAAAUUGGCCAUCUUGUUGCUCACAAGGCAGCCUUUCUCAGUCACUCUUCCCCUGGUGGAACACAGAUGCCUUCAUUCCAUCUCUAUUUUACAUGGUAGCAUAGUUUGGGGGCACCUGCUUCACAAUUUUGUGAAGCAAGAUCUUUAAGGGAGACUGCUAACUAGGGGAACAGAUUUAGCCAACCUGCCCAUUGUGUCCAGCAUCAUGGGCUCUGAAACCCAUCAUAUCCCAGCUGCCUGCUGUGCUUGGACAGAGGCACUGCUGCUGUGGAUUCUUUUAUGCUCUCUGUUCUAGCAUGCUGGUCCAUUAUUCCUGUAUCUGGCACAGAGACAAGGAGGCAUGUGAGACUGACCAGAGGAGACCGCUUAGUUCUUUCACUUUUCUUCCACCACUUGGAGGGUGGAUCAGAGAGGUGGAAAGCCAACCAUUGGAACCUUAACUCCCUUGCUGCUUUUUAAACCCAGCCUAGCUCCUCAAACCAUUAAUUACGGGUAUCAUUUAGGAGCAGAUAAAUGGCUGGCGGGGUCCACCAGGGUGGCUUUCCUCUCUGGUAUCCACCUGUCCUACAUCUGAAUGAAGUAUGUGUGCGCAUGCCACACACAUUCCUAUGUGUUUCCCCCAACCCGCGUCAACCAAUCCAAUUGCAAGAGCACUGAUGUAAGUAAAAUGUAACUACAGGUGAUGUAGCCUGGAGACUGAAACCUCCCUUACUGUGCUUCCUCCACCCCGACCUCAUUCCUCCCAACCCCAUCCUAUUGUUUUCAACAAAACGUAGCCUUUUUCUAUCAAAUAACCUCAAACUUUAUUUUUUUUUUUUUUUGCUUUUAAAAUAAAGUGGUAGAUUUGAAGUCUAUUUGAAACUGACUUUAUAUUAUACAUAAAUAUUUAUAUUUUAUCUAAACUUGUGCUGUAACAAAACUUCUUUUUUGGUGUUUUUUAAAUAAUUUUUUCCCUGAUCUGUUUGGAUUUUUUUUUGGCUCAGUCACAAGAAAAAUUGUAGAGUUUUGAAAGUGUUAAUUGUUGGGUUUUUGUUUUGUUUUUGUUUUUGCUGUAGAAAUGUUGAAUUUUUAGAUUCAAACCCUUACACCUUAAAAAUGAAUCCAGGUUUGUCCUAGUUUGAUCUUCAUUAGGGGAAUAUGAUCUCACCCGUUUAUAAAAACUUUGAUUUUAAAAGUUACAUGGAUUUCUAAAACUAAAAUUGAGAAUUGCAACUAGAAUUGGCCUUAUCAUUCAACCACUGACUUUUUGCCCUCUUGUCAUCUUGAUUUGAUAUCAGAAAGUAACUAACGAACCCAUUGGCCUGUGAGAUGCUCUGAACAGCAGGAGGGGAGGGGGGAAAUCAAACUUUUUAUAUGAAUAACCAAAUGUGUUUGUUUUAGUGAAUUUUUGAUAAUGUACAGUUUUUUGUGAAUUUAAAUUGAUUUCUUUCUAUAUUUUUAGGACCAACCUCAUUUUUAAUAAGGUUUAAAAAGAAAGAAAAAAAGUCUAGAAUUCCUGUUUGUUUCCUUGUGAUGUUUCCACAAGUACAGAUGUUAGAGUGCUUGUCAAGUUUCAAAGAAUAAACAAAAAAACAACCCACGUUUGAUAGAGAA